GUGGGGGAGGGGGUCAGGAAGAUCUGGGUGCAGAUCCAACCUAAGAUACUUAUUAGCUGUGUGAUCUUGAGCAAGUCUCUUGGGCUUUUUUUUGGCCUCAGUUUCCUCAUGUGUAAAAUGGGGAUAAUACUAGUACCCAUCUCCCAUGAGUUUUGGGAGGAUCAAAUGAGCUAAUAAUUGUAAAGUGUAAAAUUGUAAAAUAUAGAGCCUAGCACGUAGUAAGUAGUAUAUAAAUGUUAACUGUUGUUAUUAUUGAUGUCAUGAUGCAAAUUGUUCAUGUUCUGCCUCAGUUGUAUCAGUUCAAACAGAUCUUUCCACUAAUUCCAUUCUAUUUUAUAUUACAAUUUGCUUAGCAAAUCAUUAGGUACCUACUUUUCCUUCAGUUCUUUGAGGUUUAAAGUGCCAACUCCAAUCCCUUAUCUUUUCAAGAUUUUGCUUGCUUACUUCUGCCAUUCUAGUGAACUUGCUGUCAGAGGUCACUGCAGCCCUCUUCAAUCUUGUGAUCCAAUAUGUUUUUUCUAGUUCUUAUUCUCUUUUGCAUAAAUGUAGUAUUUGAGGCAUUUAAACUCUCUUAGGGAUAUGAAUUUGGCUAAAUUUUUAAAUGUCAAAUUUUGCCUUGAAGGAUCCCCUGAAGAUGUAGUAAGGAGGGAGAACUCUCCAGACAUCUUGUCUUCGUAACCCCUUACUCUAGGGGAGGGAGGAAGCACUCCCAUUGGCUACUGAGUAGUAGGGCUGGUGAUGUGGUCAGACUUGGGGAGAGGGAAAUUGAGAGGCUAGGGGCACAAGCACUCCAUUCUGCUCCCCUCUGUGAACUAUGAUCCCCUCAAACCUAGUUCCUCUUCAAAGUGGAAAAUGAGGGGACCUUGAAAAUUUCAAAGUAUACCUCUUUAGCCACUAUUCAAGGAGCCAGAAGCCAUUUCAAAUGCAAUACUUUAUUGAGAAAGAAAAAGAUGGCCAGAAACAAUUAAAAAAGCAAUAAAAGCCCCAGCUUACAGGAAAACUCCUUAUUUAUAGGAAAAUAUAACCCUCAGGUUAAAGGACAUCAUCCUGACACAUUCACCCCAUCAUGGUCCAGCCUUCCUGAAGCCAGUAUCCUCCAAAUGAACUUUUUUAGCAAAUGGUCAAGGAUUGAAGCUGGGUUUUAAUCUGGAUGAAGGGCUGGUUGGGAGAUCAAUAUCUUCCAGAGCUUCUAUCCCACCUUUAUCCCUUGGGCUGGUACCUCUUUGAAUGCAAAUUGAACUGACUGGGUCAGGGGAUUAAGAAUGCAAAUUAAAACAGCCCAAGUUUGCUUGGGAAAGAAACUGGGGAAUUGCUGAAGAGACUAUUAGCUUAACCUGGGGUUCUUAAAACUUAUUCUUAAAUUACUAGACUAGUUUUGAACAUUUUUAGAGUACAAACUCAAAAGACACAUCCUUAUAUCUCAAAAAUACGUUGUAUAGUAAAGAUACUGGUUGCUUCUGAUAGUAAAGACAUAAAUUGUUUCUGUCUCACUCAGGCCAAAGGUAGUUAAGAGGCCAUUGCAUUCUGAAUGGAGUGGGGCAAUCUUGUCUUGUAAGGGAUGCUGUCUUGAAGAGACCUGCUUACUAACUUUUACUGGGGAGAGGAGCAGCCUAGCCAUGCCUCAUUCAGGCUUUCUAGUUAGGGACUCUGGUGAACUCUGUGCUGCAGGAACAGGGGCACUAGGUCCUUGGCAUGUGCGCCCACAGAGAGAUCUCUACGUGCCAUCUCUGGCACACAUGCUAUAGGUUUGCCAUCAUGAAUCUAGAGGAAGCAGAGUAGGCCAGUUUGACUAGGAUAGAGAAUGCUUGGAGAGUCAAAUGUAAUGAUUGAAGAAAGACCAAUGGGAACCAGAUUAAGGAAAACUUUAACUGCCAAACUAAAAGUGUUUGUAUUUUUUCCUAAAGCUAAUAAAGAACCAUGUAUUUAUAAGUAGGGGAUUGAUGUGGCCAUUAAUCUAGAAUAGACAUUGCAGGCAAGUUGGCAGCAAACAUUUAUGAAGCACUGACUAUGUUCCAGUCACUGUGCUAAGUGUCGUGGAUACAAACAUAAGUAAAGACAAAGAUGAUUCCUUCCCUCAAGGAGCAUACAUUCUACUUUCUACAAUAACACAAAAAAGGGAGCUGGAAGAAAGGGAGUGGGGGGGGGAGGAGGGCCCACUCCCAUAUAGCAGUGAACUCUGGAGAGUCAAAAGCACAUCUGGGAGAAGAGUGAAACAUGGCAGGACUGUUCCCAUCUUUAAAAUGGAAGACAUAGAAGGAACUCCCUAGUAGGAAAAGGGGGCUACCCUGGCAAAGGGAUAUUGCAAGACAUGAAGGCCUCAAAGUUCCAGGGCAAGAAAGCAGCUGCAUGAUGGUGGCAAAUUACUGAUAGUCAAGCUCAGCCAGGAGGGGAAUUUGGCAGCUGUAUUGAAGAUGGAUAUUUUGACACAAUAGACAGCAGUGAGUCAGCAAACAUUUAUUAACCACUGUGCUUGGUGAUGGAGAAUAAAACAAUCCUUUCAAGGAGCACCUUAUAGACUCAACUAAAAUAAUAGUUAUUGAAAACCACUUAAUAGAUUGCGGGGACAGCUGGAUAGCUCAGUGGAUUGAGAGCCAGGUCUAGAGACGGAAGGUCCUAGGUUCAAAUAUGGCCACAGACACUUCCCAGCUGUGUGACCCUGGGCAAGUCACUUGACCCACAUUUCCUAGCCCUUACCACUCUACUGCCUUGGAGCCAAUACAUAGUAUUGACUCCAACACGGAAGGUAAGGGUUUAAAAAAAAAUAGUGAUUGCAACUGAUAGUACAAGCCACACUCUACUUUUAAGGUUAAUAAUAGAAAGGAAGAAUGCAUACUUUAACUUUGGUCUCAAAUUGUUCAUGUUUUGUUCUUUUACCUGAGUGCUGUUACCUUUCAACAUUAUCUUAAAAGAAAAAAAAAAGUGAGUGCUGGACUGAAUUUGGUUCCUGUCUUUGAUACCAACAGUAACUAUGGGCAGGUCACAUAACCUAACUGAAUCUGAAUUUCCUUGCAAAAUGAGGAUAACAUUUAUAGUGCUUAACUUAUUAUGUUACUGAGGGAAAUCAAAUGAGAUUAUUAGAUCAGGUAUUUUGCAAAAAUAAAUUACAACUAUUACUAUCUUUAUGUUUAGUUGCAUAUGUUAUUUUGGUUUUGCUUUUUUUAUUUUGAAUAAUUUCAUAAAAAAAUUCAUGUUUCUUCAAAAUCUUCCAUUAGUCAUAUAAUGUAAUUUGUACAGCCAUUUCCCAUGCUGAUACUUUUUUUACUUCCUUUUCUCCCAGUGGCUUUUGGGACAGGAGAGACAUUUAGCUCUCUUGAGGGAAAGGCAGUUUAGUAGGUUAAGCAAAUUGUCCCAGAUUGAUUAUAACCUUGAUUGCUACCCCUGUCUUUGUAGGCAUAAUAGAUUUAGUCACUUACUUUUACUCUGUGUGUGACUCCCUGCUUUAAAUGUUUUUCCUUAUAGACAGCAUAUUGUGAGAUUCUGGUUUUUUAAUCCAUUCUGCUAUCAUUUUCAGAUUUAUGAGUGACUUCAUCCCAUUCACAUUCACAAUCAUGAUUACUAAUUGCAUGUUUCCCUCCAUCUUAUUUCCCCCUGUUUAUCCUUCUCUCCCUCUCUCUCUCCCCCUCCUUUCAGCCUUUCCCUGUUCAAAAAUGUCAUGAUUUCAGACAAAAAAAAAGUAAAAAUUAAUCCAAUCAAAAGAAAUAAGGAAAUUACGUCUUGAUAAAACAACAUCAAUACUUAACAUAGAUGCACCAAGUGGCAUAGCACCCAAAUUCUUAAAGGAGAAGUUACAGGAGCAAAUAGACAGUAACAUUUAACCUCAACCUUCCCCUCUCAAAAGUAGAUAAAUCCAAGCAAAAAAUAAACAGGGGAAGAAGUUAAGGAAGUAAAUAGAACUUUAGAAAAAUUUGACAUGAUAGACUUCUGGAGAAAACUAAACAGGAAUAGAAAGGAAUAUAUUUUAAGGAGAAGGCUAUGGGAUUUUCAGAGGUGAAACAAACAAACUAUAGUUGCCAAACAGCCAGUAGCCUAGUUUGGUUGUAACAUGUUGUAAUGGUAAUUUUAAGAGAAGUGUAAUCAGCUUAGUAAAGAAAUAGAAUGUAGAGUUAGAAAAGAGAUCUGAAAAUUUUCUAGGCUGCUUUAAAGAAUUUUCAUGGAACUUUGAUGAUGUCAAAGGAAGAGGAAUUUUGUAGUGUGCCUUAGGAGUGUCAGUUGAAAAACAAACAACCACUUCUGGGAGAGAGACUUGGAGGUUGGUUGUUCUUAGCUUUGCUGCUGAUCAGCCUUGGAAGACUUGUGGAGGAGUUGAACAUCUUGCUUGGACAAGAGUGAAAGGAGUCUGAUUAAUUAAACAGGAGAGUUAUUGAGCAGUUCUGAGGAAUCCAUCUGGUGGCGCCAGAGGGUAGCUACUAAAUGAACACCUGGUCACUGACGGGCACAGUGAAAUCAUUGGCUGAAGAAGGAAAGUUGCAGAUCUAUAUAAUUUUUUGGAAAUAGGAGCUGGUGACUUUUGAAGAUGUGGCUGUGUAUUUCACACGGAAGGAGUGGGGAUGGCUCGAUCCUGCUCAGAGGGACCUUUACAGAGAUGUGAUGCUAGAGAACUAUGGGAACUUUGUAUCAAUGGGACUUCCAUUCUCCAAACCUGAUGUUAUCUCCCAGCUAGAACAAGGAGAAGAGUCAUGGGUUGAGGAUCUGCAAGAAUGUGAGGAAGGAGAAUUUUCUCCAGUUGUUCACAGUGGUUUUAGGAACAGAUCUGAGAAUGAAAAUUUUACUCCAAGGGAAGAAAUCCCUAAAACAUUUGAACUAUAUGGAAAUAUACUAGAAAGAUCCCCAAGGGACAUUUUCCAAACCACAGAAUUUGGACUAGCCUUCGGACAGGAAAAUAGUUUAGAAGGGCAAACAAGACACUUCUUAGAGGAAAGAUGGCGUAAAUCAGCUUUACAAUUGAGAGGUUCUCAGCAGCUGACAAUUUUCCACAACCAAAUGUCCAGAAAUGAAGGUCAAGAGUAUAAUGAAUUUGACAAAACCUUCAGUUGGAGUUCAAAGCUCAUAACUCAUCAAAGAAUUCCUAAAAGAGGAAGGGGCCGAAAUUUUUCUCAGCAUUUAGCCCUUAUUCAACACCCAGGAAUUCAUGGUGGAGAGAAGCGUUAUGGAUGUCGUGAUUGUGGUAAGACUUUCAGUCAAAAGUCAGGAUUCACAAGACACCAGAGAAUUCACACUGGAGAGAAGCCCUAUGAAUGCAAUGAAUGUGGGAAAAGCUUUAGUCGUAGCUCAAAUCUAACUGAACAUAAAAGAAUUCAUACUGGAGAAAAACCAUACAAAUGUAACAAAUGUGAUAAGGUCUUCAGGCUAAAAUCAAAUCUUAAUUGUCAUGAAAGAGUUCAUACUGGGGAGCGACCUUAUGAAUGCAACAUCUGUGGGAAAAAUUUUCCUCAGUUGUCUAGUGUUAUGAAGCAUCAGAAAAUUCAUACUGGUGAUGGCACUUGUAAAUGCAUUGAAUGUGGGAGAAUCUUAAGUAGCCAGCUCCGCCUUAUUGAACACUACAGAAUUCAUACUGGUGAGAAACCUUUUCAGUGUAGUGAAUGUGGGAAAGGCUUAAGCAGCAGGUCAAGCCUUCUUCAGCAUUACAGAAUUCAUUCAGGUAAAAAACCUUUUAAAUGCAAUGAGUGUGGAAAAUCUUACCGUAAAUUCUUAGGUUUAAUUGAUCAUCAAAGAUACCAUACUGGAGAGAAACCUUAUAUUUGCAAGGAAUGUAAAAAAGCCUUCAGCCGCCAUUCAGUCCUUAUUCGGCAUCAACGAUCUCACACUGGAGUGAAACCAUUUAAAUGUGAUGAAUGUGGAAAUACCUUCACUCGAAGAUCUGUCCUUAACGAACAUUUAAGAAUACAUUCUGGAGUAAAGCCAUAUGAAUGUAACGAGUGUGGGAAAACCUUCACUCGAAAUUCCACUCUUAAUGAACACCAGAGAAUUCACACUGGGGAAAAACCUUAUGAAUGUAACGCAUGUGGGAAAACCUUCAGAUGUGGUUCCUAUCUUACUAUACAUCAAAAAGUUCAUGCUGAGGAAAAUCCAUAUGCAUGUAAUGUAUGUGGGAAAAACUUUAGUUUGAGCUCCACACUUAUUCGACAUCAGAGAAUUCAUACUAGGGAGCAACCUACUAGGCUCUGCGCUCCUUGAGGUCAUUGACCUAAUCUUAACUAAACUUUGCAUUUUCCCCUACCUCUGCACACAGUAGUUGCUUAGUUAAUGGUUAAAUUGAAUUAAAUGUUAUGAACAUGGAAAUGCCUUCAGAGUUCUGAUCUUAUCAGAUAAUAGAGAAUUCAUACUGGAGAGAAGCCAUGUGAAUAUAACAAAAAAUAAAGCCAUUAUUUAUCAGUCACUUCUCAUUCAAGACCAGAGGAAUUACACUCCAGUUAAUUUAUAAAUGAAAUAGUCAUUGGGAAUAGAUAAUCUUAAAGAUGGGAAAAUCUACAGUAUAUCAGAGUCUUAUGAUAAACUGUCAGGUUUUUGAGGGUAAUGCCUAAAUUUUUAAAAAUUCAGAAUGUAUAGUGUCCAGCCCUGUGCCAUUAGUAGAGUCAUACUUAAUACAUAUUUGUUCAUUAAAUGAUUAAACUGAUGACCUAUAAAUUCCUUCAGUGACAACUUCCUUUUUAGUAUAUGAGAAUCUCGGCUUGGAGUAAGAGUAUAAGGAGAUAGGACUGCAGACUGUCAGGGAAACAUAGGCAGUAAUUGAAAUUCCAUGAGUUAAUAUUGCCCCUAAACAAACCUAUACUUAGUAAGAGGAAUAGCUGACCCUGUCCUGACAUUUAAGAAAUACCAACAUUUGAAAGGUGGUAAGAAAUUGGAUAGGUACCACUUAGGUAGUUGGAAGAAAGUCAUUAUGUCACAGUAAAGUAAAACUAACUGGGUUUUAGAGAUCAUUUCUCCAAAUUCAGUUAUGCCUGUCCAAAAGCUUGCUGAAUAUGGAUGGAGAUCCAGCUUUCCUGUCAGCAUUAAAACUGAGCUCACACUUGUACCUCCCCAUAACUUCCCUUUUCUUUUGGGGGUAAAUAUUUUACUUUGUAAACUUUCCUUCAACCCUCCAAUAUCCAGUCAGCUUCCAUGCCCUGCUGUUUUCUGUUUCCACAGUGUCUUUCUAGUCUAACCCCUUUUCAUUCACAUAAACACUCCCUUAGUUCAGUUUUUCAUUACCUCUUGGCUAAACUACUUAAUACCCUUUUAAUUGGUCUUUUUGCAUUUAGUCUCUUGCCUCUCCAUCUUCAAACAGAUUCCAUAAUAAUCUUAAGAUGUAACUGACCCUGCAUUUCUUCUGCUCAAACAGCUUCAACAGCAUCAUAGAAUGUUAUGUCCUGAGAGCAAAGAUUUUUUUUUUUGGUCUUUUUAUCCUCAGAUUUUAACACAGGACCUUGAAAAUAGUAGGCAUUUAAGAAAUUUGUUGAACUUCCUAAUUUGAAAGAAACUGGAACCCAAAUGGGAAAGUACUAUACCUAAGGAAGCCUAGAACUUAAUUCUCUUGACUUUCAGGUCAGUAUUCUUUAACUGUUUGCUACCUCUAAUAAAGUAUUACUGUUAUUCAACAGUCAGAUAAAUAGAAGUUAUUCCCUCAUAAAUCUAAAGGCCAAAAAAAAAAAGGUCAACUGUUUAAAGGAGAAGGAUGUAGAUGGGAGCACUAAAAGAAAGGCCUAGACUACAGAGAAUUGCUGAAUGGUUCUGCCAGUCUGGAUCUGAAACUUAGAAUCAACUUGGUCUGACUAGCCUAGAAGAGCUGAAAAUGGAAGAAUUGCACAUUAGAGAAUCUUAAUUGCAGAUUUUGGUGACUUUAGAGAAUCCUAAAUCACUUGUUUCCCAAAGAGUGGGAUGUUUAAUUAUGUGCAGUUAUAUCCAAGUAAUGAGAGAUGAGAAUUCAAAGACAUAAUUGUAUCAAAAGGAGAGGGAAUAAAUAACUUCAGUGGUGUUUGCUAUUAACCUCACUGUGUAUUUGCUAUGUGUGUGUAUAUGUGUGUGUAGAAGAACCAUGUUAGAGUGCCUAAAAGAGAAGGUAGGAUCCUUGAACCUGUUGGAUUUGGGUAGCAUGAAGAGGGAGCUAUUAUUUAAAGUUGUUGCUGUGCAAAGGAUGAUGGAGAGGAACUCCUGGGAGAAACUAAUAAAUUAGGAUUGUGGUGUGGUAAAGUGGAAGAUAUUCUGGAUUUAGUACCUCCCCUGUAAAAUUAGGGAAUUGAACUAUUCUUAUAGUUCCCAGCCAUGGGUCACAGGUUUGUGGGUGCUAUAAAAUUAUUAUAUCAUAAAAGUUCCUGAAUCCAUUUGAACACCAAACACUGCUGUUUUGAUCUUUAAUUCCAAAGAAAUACAUUAGCAUAAUGUAUUUAGCAUAAAUAAUGGGUUUUUUGUUGAACACUUUUAUAUUAUUGAUGUUGAUUGUGCCUAAUAAGAAAAAUUUUUUCCUGACCUUUCAGAAUGAAAUAUGACCUUUACUUUUGCUGAGACCUGACCCACCUAGAGUGGGUCUUUGGAGUUGUCUACUUUCUGAUUUCACGAGGUAUCAAAUUUGCUUUUUCACUGAUAACAUUGCUUUGGUUUGAAUUAUUGUAUUCUCUUUCAGUUUAAUCCAGUUUUAUUAAUUUUUUAUGAAAGGGUCCAUAUUAUAUUGUUAUAUGUUAGAGAAUAGUUGCUUGUGAAGUUUUGCAGUGGUUACUUCAGCUUGGAUACUAUUUUACCAGAGAUCAAGUUUGGAUGUUUAAUUUACCCAGCCUAGAUUUUUUUCCCUAGAAAUUUUUCCAAUUUAUAAGAUGUGUUUUUAGUGAGAAUGCUGAAAAGAACGAUUAGAACAUUCAGAACCAGAUAGAUUCCAGUGCAAGGAGCCUUCAUAGAGAAGCAUGGUGAGCAUUAGCAGGAGGGCUUGCUGUGGGCUUGGUGAUUGAACUACUUGUGAGUCAUUGUAUUUAUGGCUGUGAACAGUUGCUGUUUUUUCGUUUUCAGUGGAGGCUACUGUGUUUACAACAGAUUUUUGGAGUAAUGUCAGUGCAAAUGAAGUAGAAUUAUAAUAGAUAAGCAAACAUGCUUUUUGUAGGCUGAAUAAAUAUCUCAGAAUAUGUAUUGCUUUUUUUCAAAUGUGUGUAUUCUAUUGUGAUUAAUAAAAAUACAAAAUUAUUUAAAAACA